AUGCCCGAAAGGUCAAAUGUGACCGUGCAGAAACCUGUAAAAACUGCCGAGUUGCCAAUGCUGAAUGCCGUCGGACGCGGCCUCAGAGAGUGGUUCGUGCACGAGUUUCGCGAGAAGCUUGAAAACCGUACCCAGAUUCCGCUCGAAUCUCCCACGGGGUCAGCCGAAACCUUGCCUCAAGCCAAACGCCUCAACCAGGGGAGCAAGUACGCAGAGGCGUCGAGUGUGCCAUCGCUUGUAACUCCUCCCAAUGAGUCUUCUCAUCGGACUGAAGACGCCCGUCAAUUGAUCCAGAAUGAGCUUGAGCACAAUGAUGGUAUGGCCAAGGAUCGUAAGAACGUGCUGAGGUCCGCCUUAGAUUUUGUUUCCGGAUUCUCACAUGCUCCGCAUGCCUCGCAACCCAGCUGGAAUGACUUGGACCUAGCAGAAGAUCUAGUGUUUGGAUCAACCGCCCCUGAGAUGCUAUACAUGAUGCUUCCAGGCAUUAUCGAUGAACAUGAGUACGGUUCCAAAACCAUCCAUUGGCCAGAUCAUAUUACCGGACCAACUCUUCAGAAAAUGCUUCUAUAUCUGAUCGACGAUGGACAGAAUGAUAAAAUAGCCCUUCACUACCGUGUAUGCGUAUAUUCGAAGGCAUUUUUCUUUUUGAUGAAAUCACAUUUUCAGCACAACGAUGCAAUCUUCCAGAGACUGAAACAGUCCCAACGUGAAUACAAAAAUAUCGCACUCGCCUCGUUGGCCAGGCUGACCUUCUUGUCACCUCCCUGCUUGUCACUUGUACAAGCUCUUCUGUCUGGUGCGAUGUUAAUGCAAUACUUAGGAAAUAUGUCCUAUAGCUGGAAUCUCACAGCGUUUGCAUCACGUAUAUUAAUGUCCCUCAAUUUCCAUACGGUGGAGGCUACCUACGAUCUCGACGACGAAACCCGCGCGAGUCUCUACUGGUGUUAUUACCUCGACAGGGUCUUGAGCUGUCUUUUCGUUCGGCAGCCGUCCCUUCCUAAAUUACACAUUGAUCCGGCUUCUAUGGUUCCUGUCGGCUCCCAAAACCCCUUUCACGCAAUGGUGAAAAUAAUGGUCGAGAUGGCAAAAUUCCAGGAGCAGGUGCUCGACAUGCAGCUCAAUCAAGAGGCUCUCGCCGACAAUUCCCGCGUCGAUACGAUCGCAAUCGGCGCGGAUUCUCUGUUGGAUCUUAUCAAAGAGACUCGGUCAUCCAUGCCGCCAGAACUCCGACCCGACUUUGACGCAGCCGAGUUCGGGCACGCCGCAGUGCUAUCGAAUGCUUUCAAAUGCUCUCGGUGGAACAGUAGUCAUCAGCAAAGAUGUCUUGAAAGUGCUAGGAAAGCACUCAUUGUGCUGGCUGCUAUGCUGGACCGCGAAGAUCAGUCUGACACCGCGGAUCAAUAUCCAUCUUUUCUCACUUGGACUGUCUUACUCUUUCCACUCACCCCCUUCUUCGUGCUUUUUUGCAAUGUGGUAGCAUCUUCGCACAGGCCUGAUUAUGAUUUGAUGCUCAAAAUCACGGAAUGCCUGGCUCGCUUCGCCCAUCUAAAUGAAUGGAUUCACAGAGUGCACGCACUUUGCCACCAUUUUCUUAUUCUGUGCGAUCCAUUAAUGGGGCAGACUGUGUCGAAUCUUUCGAUCACCCACGACUCAGGUUUCCUGCCAGGCAACGACUGCCACCUGGAAGAUCCGGGCACCACAGAAGAGAGCUUGAUAUGGGAAUUAUUUGACUUUCAGCCAUCGCUAGAUUGGUUGGAUAUGCCUUCUUUGCAAAACAGCUUUGCAAAUUGAGCAGCUUGUUCCAUGUGAUGGCCUGCGUAAACUUUCUGCUUCCCGGUUUUUGCAAUGAUACAAAGGGCACCUGGUGCCAUGCCAUCUAAUAAAAUCAAAUAAC